ACCCCCUGGUUCCUACCACCACCACUGUAAAGAAACCAGAGUUGGGCCUAAGCAGUUUGACUUUUUCACACCAACAAUGCCGACAACUCCAUGAGCUCCAUUCACUCAGGGCUGGAGGAGAGACAGCAGCUUAUCCUUCACACAUAUAAAGAUCUGCUUGUUUGGCCUAGAGAGGACGAGAGGGCGUGCAUCAAGCCAAGCUGUAAAGUGCUUCACCCAUGCAAACAUAGUGACGACUGACAGACUGAGGCUAGUUUACAUGAUGGCCUCACACAGUUCCUGGUUCUUUGAAGGAGCAGCCUGCAUGGACAAAGCCAAGUCAUAUAUCUCUGUAUGGAGGCACCGCUGACUGGAGGAGAGGCCUGACGAGGAGGCUGUCAUUGGGCGGUUGAGAUCUUUUACAGUCUGAGCCUCUUGACGGCUGAGAGUGGGUGAGAGUUUGUUCCAUAGCCCUGACCCGGAGAGCGAUAGAGCUGAAGACAUGUUGCCAUUUCUGGUUUUGUGUCUUUGGAGUCUGGUUCUACUGACCGCCGAACAGGUCUUGGAUAGCACGGCCCGGAAGACCAUCAGUCUCCAUGGUAACAGUGGCCAUUUGUUUCGGGAGGAGGGGGUGUGGAACUACUCCACCAUGCUACUGAGGGAAGACCUGGGUCUGCUCAUCCUCGGCGCUCGAGAGGCCGUCUUUGCUCUGGAUCUGUCCAAUAUCACCCACAAGAAGGCGAUGGUUAAGUGGCAAGUUACCCAAGACAUGCAAGACAAAUGUUCACACAAAGGAAAAGAUUUAGAGAUUGAAUGUCAGAACUACAUUCGGGUUCUUCAUAAAAUGGCUGAUGGCAGGAUGUACGUGUGUGGGACCAACGCUUUCAGUCCAUCCUGUGACUACAUGUCAUACACAGACGGCAGGCUGACUCUGGAAAAUAUCCAUGAGGAUGGGAAGGGAAAGUGUCCGUUUGAUCCUUUCCAGAGAUAUGCCUCUGCACUAGUUGACGGUGUGCUGUACUCUGCCACCUCCAUCAAUUUUCUGGGCUCUGAGCCGGUGGUGAUGCGUAGCUCCACUGAAUCCAUCCGCACUGAUUUCAAAACCUCCUGGCUUAAUGAGCCAAAUUUUGUUGGCAUGGAGCAUGUAGCUGAAGGACAGCAGAGCCCAGAAGGGGAUGAUGACAAGAUCUACCUCUUCUUCAGUGAAACAGCAGUGGAAUACGACUCCUACAGCAAGGUGGAGGUGUCGCGAGUGGCUCGCGUCUGUAAGAACGAUAUGGGCGGUCAGCGGACGUUACAGAGAAAGUGGACGUCAUUUGUAAAGACACGCCUGGAUUGUCCUGUCCCUGACACCAGCCUUCCUUUCCUGAUACAGGAUGUGUUCCGCUUCUGCUCUGGCAACUGGACCAGCUGCGUCUUCUAUGCGGUCUUCACCCCUCAAGCGCACACGUCUCAGUACUCCGCAGUGUGUGCCUACGAAAUAGCAGACAUUAGACAGGUUUUCUCUAUGGGCAAGUUCAAGACUCCAGUUCCUGUCGAGACAUCGUUUGUAAAGUGGGUGAUGUACAGCGGUGAAGUGCCUUUCCCUCGCCCGGGAGCUUGUAUUAAUAACGAAGCAAGGGAUAAGGGGUUUUCCCGGACUCUAGAUCUGCCUGAUAGAACCCUGCAGUUUAUCAGAGACAGGCCGCUGAUGGACCAGGCAGUGCAGCCCAUCUCUGAUGUCGCUCUGCUGGUUAGAAGAGGACCUGCGUUUACCCGCAUUGUAGUGGCCAGUGCUACUGCACUGGAUGGAAGCAGCCAUCAAGUGAUGUUCAUUGGCACAGCCAGUGGCUCAGUGCUGAAGGUCGUGAACUAUGAUGGAGAUACGGUGAUAAUAGAGGAGGUACAGCUCUUUAAACUCUCAGAGCCAGUAAAGAUACUGCGCCUCUCCAACGCCACGAGUCAGCUGUAUGCAGGCUCAGAGGUGGCGGCCGCACAGAUGCCGCUGAGUUCAUGUGGGCACUACAGCUCAUGUCUGGACUGUGUGCUGGCCAGAGACCCCUACUGUGGCUGGAACCUCACUGCUAAUCAUUGCACUGCUAUAAGCAGCAUUGAUCCAGAUGGACACAGUGAUGUGAUUCAGAGUCUGAGAGAUGGAGAUGCUACACGCUGUCCAUCAGUCGAAAGCGUUAAGGCCGUGAACAUCACCUUCCAUCCAGGGAGCACCAUCAAGCUAUUGUGUGAACCGGGAUCUAACCUGGCCCGGAUGCAGUGGCAUGUAGACCAGCGGCCAGUUAUCAGCUCUGACACCUUCCAGAUUCUCCGAGACGGCCUGCUGAUCAUCAACGCCUCCACUGAAGCCAGUGGCCUGUACACCUGCAGCUCUGUGGAAUCCUCCAACAGCAGGGACUAUGUUUCCCAGAAUGCUGUGUAUGAGCUGAGGCUGGGGGCCAGCCAGUCAGGAGAGACAUCCCUGUUACUGCCACAAGUGCAGAAGCAACAGCACACCAUGGUGGUCCUUCAGGUCAUGGUUGUCCUCCUGUCAAUAAUGCUAGUAGCGCUAGUGAUGUGGAACAUCUACAAAGGGCAUUUUGGCUUCUUUCCACAAUGUUUCAGCCAAGGACAGGGAGCUCAGGGUGCCCAGGAGCCGCUGCAAGUUUCAUGUGAAAAUACAUCAAGAGAGGGCAACACCAGUAAUAAUAACCACAACAGAAGAGCUGAAUUCCAUAGUGCACAGGGAAAAGACAGUAAGAUUCAGCAGAAUACAGACCAAAUACUCUAGUCCAGCCUGAGUAACUUACCUAAUUGAGGUAAAGCUCUAUCCACUGGAGUGGACAUAACAUGGAUUACUUGGGACAAAAGCAGUGGACACGUGGCUAUAAUGCAGAUGCUCACAGGAAAUUAACCGCAUGUUCUGGACUGUUUUAGAGCUGGGUGGAUUGUUUGUAGUUACAAAUGUCUUUCUUUCCUCAAGUUUAUCCUUACAGGCUUACUGAGACCUUUGUGUGGCUUCAGUAUCCUCACUUAUAAGAUGUCACAAACACUGAACUCCUAAUGCACUUAUAGGCACAGUAUGUUUAAUUGCAGAUUCAUAAAUAAGGGCCUAGGACAAUUAAAAGUCACUGAAGAUGCCUCAAUUUGGAUUUACAAAAUACUGGCUAUGGGGUCAGUUUCAAGGAUUAAGCCUAAUGGACUAUACCUGCCUUCCAAUGAAAAAUCUGAAAAUCCUCUAUAGUCCAGGACCAAGCUUAAUCCCUGCCCAAGAAAACCAGCCCAUAAAGUCUGAGCUUAGCUCAGGGAUUGCAGCAGUGUGCUGAUGUUUCGGCUUUGGUGGUAAAGAUAGUUAGUAAGCUACGUAAACUAAAAGACGUAAAGCCUGGAUACAUGUAACCUUGGCUAAAGGAAUCUGAAAAUAUUGAAGUAUGUGCAGCAAUAGACAAUAACAGGGAUGACAUUAGCAAUAACGUGCAUGAUUCUGCUUUAACAGAACAGUAGGAGUAUUACAUAGUUCAUCUGUUUUGUUCUUUUCUAAAAUGUGAUCUUCCAAGAAUUCCUACUCGGCAUAAGCCCAUGCAUGUCCUUUCAGGUUUGAGGCACGAAUGGCUUGUCUCUGAACAUCAGCACCAGGUAAUACAAAUAUAUAGUGCAUCUUGGCCUUUACUCACGGCUUGUGAAAUAUAUGCCCUGUCAAAACCUGCUGCUGAUUGAGCCUCCAGGCUUGAUUGCCUUAACUGGGGUCUACAUUCAGUGCUAAAAGCACAAGAGCAAACUCUCUGAGGCUCCAGAGCCUUUCUGACUGCAGCUUGUGUGUAAUUUGAGGGCCGAGAUAAAUCAAGCAGCUUGUGUUCUAAGAAUAUGUGGUUUUAUAACUUUGACUGAUUUGAGAUUAAAGAAAACUGUGAAUUUUCAUGUCUUUUGUACACAGGACCUUGAUGCUCAGUGUACUGACGCUGUGUAAAGGGAAUUCCAUUCAUUUAAAAAUUUCUGCACAAUUUCAUCGCUCAGACAAAGUCAUUUAGUGUUUUGAUGCCGUGUGGUUUGAUGCAAAGAUCCUUUGACAUGCCUACAACCCAAAUACAACCAUCCAUCCAUUUUCUAA